CUAAAGGGAAAUGGGCCUGUUGUGGUGUCAGGAACCAUUACAGGAUUGACUGAAGGCGAGCAUGGAUUCCACGUCCAUCAAUUUGGAGAUAAUACUCAAGGCUGUACCAGUGCAGGUCCUCACUUUAAUCCUCUAUCCAAAAAACACGGUGGGCCAAAAGAUCAAGAGAGGCAUGUCGGAGACCUGGGCAAUGUGACUGCUGGCAAGGAUGGUGUGGCCACCGUGUCCUUGGAAGAUUCUCUGAUCGCACUCUCAGGAGACCAUUCCAUCAUUGGCCGCACAAUGGUGGUCCACGAGAAACGAGAUGACUUGGGCAAAGGUGGCAAUGAAGAAAGUACACAGACGGGAAACGCUGGGAGUCGUUUGGCUUGUGGUGUCAUUGGGAUCGCCAAGUAAAUAUUCCCUAGGAUGUGAUCUGAGUCCUAAGUAGCUACUGUGUUAUCUUGCUAGUUGUAGAAAUUUAACUUGAUAAACAUUAAACACUGUAACCUUAAAAGUGUAAUUUGUGCGACUUUUUAAUUGCUUUAAGUACCUGUAAUGAGAAUUGAUUUAUGAUCACUUGGAAGAUUUGUAUAAUUUUAUAAAACUCCUAUUCAGUUAAAAUGUCUGUUUCAACGAUCUCUGUAUUUUGCCAGGCUUAAUAAUCAUAUAUGGGUAUUAAACUUAAUUGUCUGAAUUUCUUCAAUUCUCAUUCAAGCCCGCAAUAAAUACACCAUAUGGCACUGAA